UACGCCCAGAAACUUCUCUAACCGCAUCUUCCUCUGUUCAGACAAAGACGAGUUGUGCUUUUCUUCGUGUCUGUGUUCAGUUCAGCCUUUCAGCGGCGUGCGUGUCGGUAAAAUAGACCGUCUGAUCUGUUUGUUGGGUGUUUCUCUUUAAUUCUGCGGCAUCUCUCUCGCUGUAUGCGGGCCUGGUGCUGUGGAGGAGGGCGGGCCGUGAGCACAAUGAGCACAUUUCGGACUGUAAACUACUGAUGCGACGUAUGCGCAGGAUGGACUUGGGAUGAUUUCUGCACGCAGCUGGCCUAACUUGGUUUGCAUUGAUUGGAUUUGGGAAUGGCAUGCAGAGCUUCAAGUUCAACAUAGGCCCGGUGUGCUGCCUGGAAACUGACCUCGGGUAAACCCCUCAGAGGCUCGGCGGACUUUGGAGAUAUUCUGCAGAGGUAUUUUUUUUUGCGCAGCGCGGGGAGUCUGGCGCAACGUGAAGGGGAUGAUCCCCCCCCCCCCCCCCUCCAAUCAACUGAUGAGACACGCGACUGAGUGAAGCCACGAUUAUUAAGGGACACACAGAUAACUACUGCGCCCCCCGUCUCGCGGUGCAAGAUGAUGUCACUGAUAGAUCUGGACGAUGAUCAGCGAUGGGUGCCCACUCACGUCAAUGUCACCGUCCUCCGCGCGAGAGGACUGCGAACCAAGGGCAAGCACGGCAGCCGCUACCUCUACACCAUCAUCCAGGUGGGGAAGGAGAAGUACACCACCGGGCUGGUGGAGAAGGCGGCGGUGCCGGAGUGGAACGAGGAGUGCUGCUUCGAGCUGCUCCCCGGCAUCCUGGAGGACGGCGGACGGAGCGCCCAUCCCCCGGGGAGCGGAGAUCUGGUCCUUACGGUUAUGCACCGGGUGCUCAUAGGACUUGACGUGUUUCUCGGUCAAACCAUCAUCCCUCUUGAUAAGAUAUUUCAUGACGGAAUGUGUCCAAGAGACGAAUGGUUCAAGCUAAACUCUAAAGCAGGAAGAAAGGAAAAGGAACGUGGUGAACUUCAGGUGACCGUCCAGUUCACACGCAACAACAUGACAGCCAGUAUGUUCGACCUCACCAUGAAGGACAAACCGCGCUCUGCUUUUGGCAAGCUCAAGGAUCGUGUCACAGGGAGGAAGAGGGGGGAUUUGGAGUCUUCCUCGGCCAUUGUGCCCGGUCGCUAUGCCGCCCUGUCGGGAUCCCUCGGGCAGCCGUUUGGAGAGGAGAGCGCAGGGGUGGUAGAGUCACGAGAUGUGGAGAUAGCAGAGGAGAAGAAGAGUAAGGUGAAAGAUUUUUUCAAAGGAAGGCUACGCAAGUCGUCUGACACCAGGUCAUGCUCAUCGCUGGCUUCAGAGAGCAGUGUCUCCUCCAUUGCCAGUGAUAACCCCGGCCCUCCACCCAGUCUGCUAUCAGAUCCUCCUAGCUCCCCCAUCUACACAAGCAAAGUGAGAGUGGACACCCACUAUGGAGAGGCAGAUUUGGCUAAAAAAGUGCUCACCAGCCAGCACACCACAAAGGUUCUGACACACAAGCGAGCCUUCAGCGAUGAAGCUAGCAAGAUCACAACAGCCUUCCCUCGAGCAAAUAUUACAGUGGAGUCUCUUAAGGGUCAGACCAUGACUCAGUCCAAGUCUUCCUUGUGUAUAAAUGGAAGUCACGUCUAUGACUCCGAGCCAUCAACUCCAAGGAGCUCAAGCACCCUCCCGUCCAAGCUGGUCCUGCUGGAGAAAUGCUCCCCGCUCUCUCGUUCUCUGCAGAACCUCACCAAGCGAAGUGAAGAGAAAGCUUCCUUCGCAGAGGGUCGACGCUGGUCCUUUGACAAGAUGAAGAAAGAUGAAAAGGAGGAGGAAAAGGAUGCUCAGGUGUCAUCUUCCCCAAUUCAGGAAGGUCAGACAGGGGGUCACCCUGUGCAGGCAGCGAUGCCGAUCCUCUCCUCUGCUGCCGAUUCAUCUGACAAAGGGAGGAAGCUAAGAAAGACGUUAUUCUCUGGAGGGAGGAGUGAUUCUCUCCCGGCUAAGUCGGAACUCACCCAGGCUGGUGCGACAUCUGAAGGAAGGCUCAGAGGCUGGUUUGGCUCCGGUGACUCCCAGAACAAACCAAGGCUGGAAGUUUCUCCUAAGGUAGAAAGCAGCUCAGAUGUAUCCCCUCCCCUCCCUCCUCGCUCCCCUGUACCCCCUCAGUGUUCCUCUCCUUCUGCCUCCACCGGUCAUGUCUCACCCAAUGACGGGAAUCACACUAAUCCCAUCACGCCCUCUUCCUCUCCCUCCUCAACACCCAUCUCCCCCUCCAACCCUUUCCUCCCACGUUUGCAGCGAAACCCCUUUUUUGAGGAGCUCAUAGCUGAAGAGUCGCAGAGGUCGCCUCCUUUUGCGCCUUGCUCCUCUUCUGGCUCAUCCCCGUUUCAUUACACUACUCUGCCCUCGCAACACUGCACUCCCAGCCCUGCUCACAAUGUUAAUGCUACGAAUAUGGCUUCCAUAAAGCGGGAGCGCCCCAGGCCAGUAGCUAGGCAGAUAUCCCUCCCUGUGUUAUUACCCAAAGAGGCACCACAGAACUCCCCCAACCACUCUGCUCCUCCCUCCAUGUCGGAGAGUGCAGGCGAAUGGGAGGACUCCUUUGAUGCUUUUGCCUCUAGCAGACUCAACUCACCUAAAGGAAGUCUUUCUCAGAGGCAACAGAGAACGAGCCCAACGUCCCCCCAUAGACAUGGUUAUCUUCCAGUUAACAACAACACCAAUAAUCACGCACAAGAGCUGCGAACAUGUGAAGAGGAGCCUCCACCUUUGCCUCCAAGGAGACUUUUAAGGACUUCAGUGAAUGAGAUAUACUCUGAUGGUUGGCUGCAUAGAGGUCAAGAGCUAGCUGUCCAUAAAGAAGCCUGCCUCCUCUCACAGACCGGUGCAGCGUCAUUACGUGGAAGAGAAGGAGAAUGCAAAAGAAACACACCGAGUGUAUCACCAGACCCUCACAAUGGCAGCGAGACCUCUGAUUCCCUCAGUGCUCAGUCUCAACCAUACACAAACGUUACUUCACCGAGUUGUUUGUCCGAAGAAAAACUGAAAAAGUUCAAGUAUGAACCUCUGGAAGAUGAGACUGACUGCUGGGGAGGGAUGCUGUUUGAGCAAGACUUAUAUGGGCGUAUAUGCAGAGGAAACUAUGGACAGCCCAAAGUAAACAAUCAUCAUUUAUCAUUGAACACUGAGGAGACUGCUGGGAAUAAGACCGCAUGUCAGAACUCAGGACCAAAAAUGCUUCUUGAUAGUGAGAUGACUGUUGCUGACCUUUUGAAGAUAUCUGCUACUCCCCCUCAGUCAGGUAUUACUGCCAUUCCAGUAGAGGAGAAAGAUUCCUCUACCAUUAAUCCAGCUGAAACCACAUGCAUAAACAAUAACAUGUCUUUCUCACUGACCUUAGGAGAUCUGAACAUGAAUGUGAAUCAUUCCGAUUUUGGUUUCAUUGAUUCUGAUGGAUCCACUCCAUCAGAGGUAACUGAUACUCUCAAAGGCCUCAACAGCUUAGUGACACAAGAUUCACAGAUAGCCGUUUCCCACCAGGAGAUGGUGACCUCACCCGAGGAUAUGUUCACUUUAAAGGACACCUACAUACCGGAGAUGAACUCUUCCUUUGAAAUAACUGCAUCGUCCAAUAAACUGUGCAAAGUCUCUCCAGUUUGCCAAAACAAUUGCCAGGAUUGUCGAUGUGAGCUGGCAUCGAAUGGUAACUCCAGGGUAAGCAGCAGCGAGAUUGCUGCUUUGUCGUCACAAAAUCAAACAUCUAAUCCACCUGAAGAUAAAACAAGAAAUGUUGAUGAUUUUAAAAAGACAAAAAAUGACUGCGAUGAUAACGGAAACCCACAAGCUAAGCUAGCCACACUUAACCAGGCAGAGUCAUUUUCAGGGGUGGUUAGUGCACGUUUUAGACCAAAAGGAGUGUCCAGAGCAAACAGCAGUGGCAGUCUCACAAGCCAAAACAAAAGUGGAGACAGAGAGUUUGAACAGUUGUUGUCCCUUGUUCAAAAUAUUUCAGAAGCCAGUGAAGGACCAUUGACUUAUCAGCCCACUAAAUCAGCUCUUUCUUCCUUACUGGCAUUAGAUAAACAGGCAGAUUCUCUUGUAGACAGCACAGACAAAGAUCAAAACUAUCACAAUGAGCUGAAUACAAUAUCACAAAUAUGUUCAAAAGAUGACACAUCGUUACUUCUAGCGGAAGGAAAACCCUCUGCGAUCAGUUUUGAAGACCUUCAUGCAAAGGUAGCCCCGAACCUGAGAACCCCUUCAAAGUCAAAGAUUGGGCAAUCUUUGCAAGAGCCUGAACCCUCUUCUCCCAUCCCCUCUGCACUGCCCCCGUCAGCUGAUGCACAGGCUAAGCUCCACCCUACCCCUGUCUGUUGCCCCUCCAUACAUCCCUCAAGCAUGGGGCCGCCCAGUGCUGGAGCCAGUACUUCUCUGGCCGUGGCCCCCUACACCUCCUCCUCUUCCUCCUACUCUACCACCUCCACCACUGACCAGCCCCUGGUCGAUGCACGGCACUCACUUUUGCCUGAGGAGACACAGCCAGCUAGCAACCUGCCCCAUCAGGAGAGCAGACCCCAUCCAGUGAAGCCAUUAACCUCAAGCCAAUCAGAAAAGAAGGAGGGUCGUUCAGUUCUGGAGAAACUCAAGUCUACCAUCCACCCUGGACGCAUCGCCCACCAGGCUGUAGCUGAACCUGAGAAAAGUCAGGAGGUGACAGUGGACCACUCUGCCCAGUACCAGCACCUGACCAACAUGGAGCUGAUCUCCCUGCUGCUGCAGCAGGAGAUGGACAUGCAGAAGCAGCAGGCGGCCUCCGAGCAGCAGGGGGCACAGCUGGGGAAAUGUGAAGCCGAGCUGAAAAAGGUCAAGGCGCAAGUUCGAGACCUAGAGGACUACAUUGAUAAUCUUUUGCUGCGGAUCAUGGAGCAGACACCCACGCUGCUUCAAGUGCGCUCUAGACAUAAGUGACAACAGUACCAGGGUGUGUACGGUGUACUGCACAUGAUGUAUGAUCAGUGACCUCUAGUAUAGUGUUUCCUCGAUUAGUUGUAAAUGUGAGCGUAGGUGAUAAACAGGGUAAUUAUUUAAGAUUGGGAAUCACUCUAGAGGCAGGUGCAAUAAAGUCAAACAAGUGCUCCACAAAACUGGAUCUCACAACCAUCCAGGUCUUCUCACUGCUAAUACUGCCCUGUUGAUGUAUACACAAAUUUACCCAACAUGCAUGCUGGUCCCAAUUUGGCACGAAUGAAAAACAACAAGAAGUACAAAGAGAGAAGCUUUCAUCAAAGCAGAUGCAAAUGAUUAUUUUAGCUGUGCUUACUAGAAUAAUUUAAGAUAGUCAGCUGCUGUCAAUUUAAAAUUUAAACUCAUUGCUUUUUACAUAAAAUGCAUAAAAUAAAAUAGAGACUAGAGAAAACACUUUUUUGGGAAGAACAGAAGAAGACAUAAGAUCGAAAUGAGAAAUAAGAUCUCAAGUAACCUUUAAAAUGCAACAUUGGAAUUAGAGCUGUUGAAGUGUAACAAACCAACAUUUUUUCACAAUAUUUUCAAACGGUUUAUCUCAAACAGCUCCAUGAAAUGUCAAGUGCACAAAGGUUAACUUGAGCUAUUUUGAAAAAGUGUUUAAGAAAUGCUACAAAAUAUAGCAACACGUCCUAAAAUGCUGCUGUGCAAUGUGAAAACUAUAAAAAGAAGACGUUUCUGCAUUAAUGUUGCUGGAUGAUAAGCAAAAGAACAAUAUUCAUGUCUCUGCCAGAAAAGAUUUAAGAGGAUGAAGACUUACUGUUUGCAUUUUUUUUUUCUUUUCUUUUCUGUUUUGUUUUUAUUUUUUAUUUUACAAAAUACUGCGUUCAUUAAAUGCUCUCUUCUAAUUACAGGCUAAGCCAAUGAGAAUGUUUUAGUAUAUUUUUAUGUUUUGUUGUCCGUUAUGCAAUGUUUUGUUGAAAUAGCAACCUGCUACUGUAGGAAUAAAGCCCUGAUGCAGUAAAUAAGACUAUAAUAAGUUAUUUCUAUAAAAUACUUUUGUCAUGAUAAUAUAUUCUCUAAUGCCGCACUAGUACCACUGUAGCUACUUGCAAUGCUUUACAUGACCGCAGAACUGUACUGUAAUAAAAUAAAGUGCACAUGA